UCUGCAUUCAUGCAUUUACUAAUCACAUCAGCUUUGAUUCUUGCGUAUCUACACCUGAGCUGGGACACGCAGGACGAAAGUAUGGCCAGCCUGCGGACCCCACUCCUGGCUGCCCUCAUCCUCCUUGCUAUGAUACUUCAAGCAACAGAGGCAGGCCCCUACGGUGCCAACGUGGAGGACAGCAUCUGCUGCCGGGACUACAUCCGUCAUCCCCUGCCCCUGCGUCUGGUGAAAUAUUACUACUGGACUUCGGACUCCUGCCGGAGGCCUGGCGUGGUCUUGCUAACCGUGAGGGACCGAGAGAUCUGUGCUGAUCCCAGACUGCCCUGGGUGAAGAAAAUUCUCCAGAGGCUGGACCAAUGAGGCAGGCCCUGCCCUGAUGACCGUGGCCUUGGCUCCUCCAGGAAGGCUCAUGGAGCCCCACCUCCCUGCUGUUACAGCUGCUCCCCGACACAACCCUGUACCAACAACCCUCUCAGCGGUCCCUGAUCUUGAUGUCUGCAGCUGUCACUCCCAGUCAAGCCUCCCACUGUCACUCUCAUCUCCCCACUUACCCUUCCAACCCAUCCUCUGCCCCACCAAAGCCAGAGGGUCCACAGUCCUGGUCAGUCAGUCCCCUGCUCAAAAUGCUUCCAUGGCUCCCCUUUGCCCUAGGCUGAGGUCAGAGCUCCUGAGCCUGGCAUCCCUGCCCUCCAGAUCUGGGUCUUAUCCUUUGCCUCCAGCCCUGCCUCAUUUCCCUCCAUGCGUGUUGGACUCCGGCUCCCUGUUCUCCCAAACCCAUGUCACACAUUUCCACUUCUGGCUCUUUUCCCGAGCUGCUCCUGACACCCAGAAUGUCUCCCCAUCCUCUGCACAUGUCCAACCCCACCAGCCCUCCAGGGCAUCACUCAACCUAAGCAGCCAGUAAGUGAGUCAUUUUUUAGACUUCCCCUGGCCCUCUGCCCCCUUUUAACAGCCCUGAUCACAGUCUACCCAGAAUUCUCGGGAACUGGGAGCUUGUCCUCCAGCCCCACCAGCUGGACCGAUAUCCACACCUGAGUUACUUUGUCUCCCGGCCUCUGGCACAGAGCACAGGGCCUGGCUCAGAAUCAGGGCUCAAUAAGAGGCUGCAGGUUGAAUCAAUAAAAGUAAUGUCCGUCUCCCACCUCUCAAGGGCUCUGACACAUCAAUGCAGAGACUCAAGGUCAUCUAGAGAAGGGCUGGCGGGGUUCAUUAGGAAGCCUCAAAUUUACCCAGAUUCACCUUUCUUCCCCAUGUUACCUCUUUAACCUUCUUGCCUCCCUUGGGUUUUUUACUGCUUCUCCAACAUCCCGGCCUGACCUCUUCAGAGUCCUGAAUUUCCUCUUCCUCCUUCCCCAAAUAGCUGACAACCAAAUUCCUGCUAUGGGGUGAAUGAGUACCCUUGGCUUGGUAUUAUAAGCUCUAGUUAUAUAUGUAUAAGAAAAGAGGGCAAAUGCUUAAAAGGCCAAAUGGAUGACUGGAAGAAUUUUAAGAAAUGUGUGGGAGGGGGACAAGGUAGAGAUUUCCUGGUCCUUGGAGUGAAUGUGUGGGGUAUAGUUAAGUGAAAGAGCCUUGGAUGGAGGUUGUUCUCAGGUGGCUGGGGCCAGGCUAAGGACUGGGACUUAGGACUUAUCUACACCUCUUUGAGGACCACAGCUUCCCCAGGUAUCUGUGCUUGUUCCUUUCGGAGGGAGCCUGGUAUAGUAUGGCAGGGUGGUUGUUGCUGUGUGACCCUGAGGAGACCAUCUAACCUCUCUGAGCCUCACCUGAGAAUGAGAAUACCUACCUUAUGGGAUUGCUGUGGGGCUCAGAUCCAAGUCACAGAAAAUGUGGCUUUGCCGGCGAUGAAACUCAGUGUCUUCCGGGGCUUGUGUCCCACCGGGAGCCCAAGGUCAUUUGCCCACUAUAGGCACCGGAAGUGUUAACCCACUGCCCAUGCACAGGGCCUUCAAUUUUUCUGGGAUCUCCCUCCGCUCCUGUCCUGCCCUUGCCCUUGCCCC